AUGAUGCAUGGUUAAUCUAAAUCAAGGACUGAAAUAUUGUCUGAAGAAGAGAUAAAGCAAAGAGCAGAAAAAGGACAAUAGAUAUUAGAUUCUUUAGACUAUUUUUUUAAAGUGAGAAAAAAUCAAGUGAAUUAACCUGAAGAUCAAUUAGCUUUUUCAGAACUUAUGGCUAAGUUAUGUCCUGAAAUUGCUACUAUUUAUAAUUACAGAAGAGAGGUGCUUUAAACAAAGUUUGAUCAUUUAGGAGGAUUACUUACAGAAUCAAAAAGCAUAGAUGCAUAUAAGUAGUUAGUCAAAUUGAUUCAAUCUGAGUUUAUGCUCAUAGCUAUAUUACUAAAAUAGCAUCCAAAAUCAUACACUCUUUGGACUCAUAGAUAAUGGAUGGUUUUAAGAAGCUAAGAAAUAGAUUAGCUCAUUAGUUCAAUUAAUUAAGAUAACUAACUUAAAUUGAUAGAAGCCAUCAAACAGGAAUAUGAAUUAUGCAGCAAAAUGUUAGACAGAGACGAACGUAAUUUUCAUGUUUGGAAUUAUAGAAAUUGGUUAUCAUCAAUUUGUGCUUUUGGAAGAGAAGAUGAAUUUACUAAGAAAAAGAUUGAAUAAAACUUUAGUAAUUUUUCGGCUUAUCACUUCAGAAGCAAAUUUUUUAUGAAAAACUACAAUUAACCUGAAAAUAUCAUUGAGAGAAUUAAAUCUGAUAAAAUUUUAGAAGAAACAGAACUAAUUUAAUAAGCAAUUUAUAUACAACCAAAAGAACACGGUGUUUUUUUAUAUCACAGAUGGCUAGUUGGUGUUGUUUAACCCUUUGGUGUAACAAAAGUCGAAAAGAUUUCAAAUAAUUCAGUCACAUUAUAAUUUAACAGGGCAAUAACUAAUGUGGAGAACUCCUUUGAACUGUUUAAUAACGAAAAUGCUCUCAAAAUUAUCAAUGUGAAAGUGGAAGGCAUUAAUGUUAUUAUUACUUUUGAAGAACAAUAACUAAAUAACUUAAAAAUAAGGAUUCUUAAUUAAAUAUAUUAAAAUGGAGCUUUAGAUACAAUGAUUAGUGAAGAUGAGUUCUCCAAAUUUCUAAUUCCAAGUGAAAUCGAUGUAACAUUCGAUAAUGAAGGAUUUAAAUAAACUAAUACUAUUUAAUAAGAGUUUUAAGGGGCAAUACAUGAAAUUAAUAAAUAUCUUGAUGAGAAUAUAGACUUCAUCAAGUAGGUUAUUGAAGAAGAGAAAGAGAAUAGAUUCCCAUAUAUUCAAAUAUUAUAUUUAUUUUAAUUCAAACUACGCACUCAAAAGUUGAUUGAUGCUAGCAAAUCCAGUGAGAUCGUUAAGGAAGCCUUACAACAUUGUGAUAAGUUGAAAAAGAUUUAAAAUGAUCACCAAGCCUAAUUUCUAUUUGAAUUUUGGAGUUAAUUUUGA